GGUAUAUAUACAUCUCUAUUACUAACAAUUAACUGAGUCCAUCUCCUUCUUACCUCAUGCAGGAUUUACUUUUGCAUGAUUGAGGGAGCAUGGAGCAUAGUGUUGUAGAAUUUCCUAUAUAACUCACUCAACAACACUUCUGUCGAACAAUAAAUCUCUAAUUUGAGCAGCUUUUUUUCCUCCGCUGGAACCAUCUUUGCUUUCAAUAAACAGUGUUCCCCCCUACUCCUAGGUAUGAUGAGUUGCUUUGAUCGCUCGUCCUUGCAUCCAGAAGAAGCCUCAAGCAACACGAAGUGGUUGAAGAAGAGGAAGGCUCGAGCUCCUGGAAUCUUCAGAAUUACCUUUAGUUUGCUUAUGCUUAUGUGGCUAAUGUGCACGGUUGAAGCACAAGCUGAAUCUAGCCAUCUUGCAGACGGUGAAGUGCAAGCUUUACGUGAAAUUGCAAAACAAGUGGGAAAAGAAGACUGGAAUUUCAGCGUAGACCCUUGCAGUAAUCACUCGAGCUGGCAGACACCAAAACCAGAAGCCAUGCCAUGGUACAACAAUAGUCUCAUCUGCAAUUGCAAAGGCCUGGAUGGCGUGUGCCAUGUGGAGAAACUAUUUCUCAAAGGGCAAGAUCUUCCUGGUGUGCUUCCAGCAUCAAUUGUGAAGUUGCCUUUCCUCAAGACACUUGAUCUGACUCGUAAUUACCUUAGUGGGAAUAUACCACCUGAAUGGGCUUCCACAAAGUUGGAAUAUCUGUCAAUCACAGUGAACAGCUUAACAGGACGCAUUCCAAGUUACUUGGGAAACAUCACGUCGCUUAUAUACUUGAGCAUAGAGAACAACUUCUUUUAUGGAACUGUUCCUGUAGAGCUUGGAAACUUGGUUAAUUUGGUGAAUCUCAUUCUUAAUGCCAACAAUCUCACUGGAGAGUUACCUCUGGCUCUCACUAAAAUCACCAAAUUAACUGAACUUAGGAUUAGCAGUAACAAUUUCAGUGGAAAAAUACCCAGUUUUAUCCAGAGUUGGAAACGACUUGAGAAGCUAGCAAUCCAAGGUAGUGGCCUUGAAGGCCCCAUUCCCUCUAGCAUUUCUGUCUUGACUAAUUUAACUCAACUGAGGAUUAGUGACUUAGGUGGGGAAGGUUCUAACUUUCCAUACGUAGGAAACAUGAAAAACUUAAAUUAUUUGUUAUUGAGCAACUGCAAUAUAACUGGAAAUUUCCCAGAGUAUAUAACGCAUAUUGCAAAUCUGAAAGACUUAGAUCUUAGUUUCAACAGAUUGACUGGAAAUCUACCAACAAAUUAUCUGGAUUUAGUGGCCCUGGAGAGCAUGUAUCUGACAAGCAACUUUCUAACUGGACCGAUCCCCAAGUGGAUUCUUGAGAGAAAUCAUAGAUAUGCAAUAGAUAUUUCCUACAAUAAUUUCUCUGAAACUUCUGUUCCAUCUGCUUGUCCAGUCACGGUGAAUUUGUUUAAAAGCUCUUCCAGAGGGAAAAAUUCAAAGGCUCUGGAGUGCCUGACCAACUCUUCUUGUUCGAAAGAGCUUUAUUCAUUGCAUAUAAACUGUGGUGGAGGAGCAGUCACCAUUGGAGACAUUAGCUAUGAUGGAGAUGAAGAGGAUGGAGAGGCCACAAGAUAUGUUCACACAAAAGAAAAUUGGGAAGUUAGUACCACUGGACAUUUUUGGGAUGGGGAAAAAAAUUCCUUAAUUGCAUACAUAGCAGAAAAUGUAUCCACAUUAAGAAUGAGAAACUCUGAAUUGUACACAACAGCGCGUCUAUCGCCCCUCUCUCUCACAUACUAUGCACGUUGUUUAGCCAAUGGGAAUUACAAUGUGACGCUUCACUUUGCGGAGAUAAAAAUCAGAGAUAAUAGAUCCUUCCACAGUCUGGGAAGACGGAUAUUUGAUGUUUAUAUCCAGGAUGAACUCAUGUUGAAGGAUUUUGAAAUCAAAAAGGAAGCACAAGGGGUGGAUAAAGUAAUAAUUAAAUCAUUUAAAGCAGUUGUUAAGGAUGGAACUUUAGAUAUCCGCUUUCACUGGGCUGGGAAAGGAACAACAACAGCCCCAGUUAAAGGAAUUUACGGUCCUCUCAUAUCUGCCAUUGAUGUGGAAUCAGAAUUCAAGCCUCCUAAUGAGAUCAAGAAGAAGUUCAUUGUGGCUGGAGCCGUAGUUUUGCCAUUGCUCCUCAUUUUCAUUGUAAUGGGCACUCUUUGGUGGAAAGGUUGUUUAGGAGGCAGGUUAUUAAGGGAAAAAGAUCUUAAAGGGCUGGAUCUGCGAACUGGUUCCUUCUCUUUGAGACAACUAAGAGCUGCUACUAAUGAUUUUAAUUCAGCAAACAAGAUCGGAGAAGGUGGUUUUGGGACUGUAUACAAGGGUGAAUUGUUAGAUGGUACCAUUAUAGCUGUGAAGCAACUAUCUUCCAAAUCCAGGCAAGGAAACCGUGAAUUUGUGACUGAAAUAGGCAUGAUAUCUGGUUUACAGCACCCAAAUCUUGUAAAGCUUUAUGGAUGUUGUAUUGAAGGAAAUCAAUUACUUCUGGUUUAUGAGUAUAUGGAAAAUAAUAGCCUCGCACGUGCACUUUUUGGUUCAGAAACUAGCGAUCUGACAUUGGAUUGGGCAAUGAGACAGAAGAUUUGUGUUGGAAUAGCUAGAGGUCUAGCAUUUCUCCAUGAAGAAUCAGCACUCAGGAUUGUCCACAGAGACAUCAAAACGACAAAUGUCCUGCUUGACAAGGACCUAAACGCCAAGAUAUCAGAUUUUGGACUAGCUAAGCUAUGUGAGGAGGAGAAUACUCACAUUAGCACCAGGAUUGCGGGAACAGUGGGAUAUAUGGCUCCAGAAUAUGCACUCUGGGGUUACCUAACAGAGAAAGCUGAUGUUUACAGCUUUGGGGUUGUUGCUCUUGAAAUUGUUAGUGGAAGGAAUAAUGCCAAUUACAGACCGAAAAAUGAAGCUGUUUGUCUUCUUGAUUGGGCCUUUAUUUUGCAACAGAAAGGAAAUUUGAUGGAGAUAGUGGACCCAAGGUUGGAGAAUGAAUUCAACAUAGAAGAGGCUGAAAGGAUGAUUAAAGUGGCUCUUUUAUGCACCAAUGCAUCGUCAAUGCUAAGGCCAACAAUGUCAGCUGCACUGAGUAUGCUUGAAGGGGAAACAAGUAUUGAGGAAGUCACUUCAGAUCCUAGCAUUUAUGAUGACAUGAGAUUUAAACCCUUAAAGGACCAUUACCAGCAGAUGCAACGCCAGAGUUCAGGCAGAAGCCAAGCACCAAUUUUUUCAUCAGAUAACACAUGGGUUGGAUCUUCCACUACCACUGCAUCUGCUUAUGAUCUCUACCCUGUCAAUCCUGAGUCCAUAAAUUUAGAAGUUAGUGAAACUUCAUCCCUUUCACGGUAGUGUUGCUUCUCAUAAGCAAGGUAGUUUCGGAACUUCAUAUGGUUUAGGUACUUCUUAUUAUAUUGAUGUAACAUAAGUUUCUUCAUAUGAAACAAGUAAUAUAGGGAAUGGAAAAUUGUGAUGUGUAUGUAACUUAUUGAGCACACAAAUAAAUAUAAAAAAAAUUAUUCCAUAUAAAUAAAUUUUGCACCAUUAA